AUGUUAACACAAUGGUUUCAAACCAAUGUCCAAGACCCUAAUGCACGUGAGUUAUCUUACGUUGAAUUUCCUACCAAGUAUGUAUGGAAAAAUGAUGAGAAACAGUGGUCACGUAGAAAAAGAGGUAGAUCUCUAGGUAGGGUUGCAUAUGUUCACCCUACUCCUGGUGAAUUAUAUCACUUGAGGUUGCUGCUAAAUUACCAAGAAGGCAGCUUUGGAUUUGACCAUUUGAGGAUCGUCGAUGGCAUUCUUCAACCCACGUUCCGAGCUGCAUGCACCUCUCUUGGUUUAUUAGGUGAUGAUAGGGAAUGGAAUAAUGCUACGUUAGAAGCUGUUGUCACUGCAUCAUCCUCUCAACUUAGGCAAUUGUUUGUCACAUUAGUUCUCUUUUGUGAUGUCGCUGAUCCAUCAACUUUGUUUCAAAAGCAUUGGAAGACGAUGUGUGAUGACAUUUUGAAAAACAUGAUCAAUGUUUUUGACCUGCAAGAUGUCUCUAAAUAUCAAGAUGAACUUAGAAAUUCACUUUUGUACAAGUUAGAAAAAUUGUUUGUUGCUGCAAGUAGUUCUUUGUCAAAACAUCACCUACCACAACUAAACAAUUUAAUGAUGGAUAGACUUGCAAGUAAGAGUUUGAGGGAAGAGUUAGAUUAUGAUGUUGACAAGCUAAAACAUAAGCACUUGCUCUUGAUCAACCAGUUAAAUAGAGAGAAAAAAUAUGUUUAUCAAAGUGUCAUAGAAACAAUUCACAACAACAGAUCUGGCCUGUUUUUUGUGCAUGGUCAUGGUGGGAUAGGCAAAAUUUUUUUGUGGAUCACCAUGAUAGCUAAAAUUAGAUUCCAAAAUCAAAUUGUUUUAGCGGUUGCUUCAUCUGGAAUUGCUUCCCUUUUGCUUCCUGGUGGAAGAAUGGCUCACUCUAGAUUUAAAAUUCCUAUCAACAUCACAGAUUGUUUGGUUUGUGAAAUAAAAAAAGGGACACAUCUUGCAAAACUAAUUACUGAAGUUGUUCUUAUUCUUUGGGACGAAGCCCCCAUGAAUCAUAAACAAUAUUUUGAAACUCUAGAUAGAUCCCUUCGUGAUGUUAUUAAAAGGUCAAAACCAAGUUUUGACCAUUUGACAUUUUGGGGUAAGCCGAUUCUUUUUGGAGGUGAUUUCAAGCAAAUUAUUCCUGUUGUUCCAAAUGGAAGUGUCGUUGACGUUGUUGAAGCUUCAUUGACGAGUUCAUAUCUUUGGCCCUAUUUGACCAUAUUCUUUUUGAAGCAAAACAUGAGACUUUCAAAAACAGGUUUGGACAAAAGGGAAAGACAAGAACUUGCUAAUUUUGGAAAGUGGAUAUUAGACAUUGGCAACGGUACUAUUGCCAGGUCUUUAUCUUCAACUGAUGAAGAAAGUUGUUGGGUUCAAAUUCCCAAACAAUUGCUUAUCCGUUUUGAAGAAGAUCCCAUCAAAGUCAUGGUUUCAUCUGUGUAUACCAAUUCCAAAACAAAUUUUCGAGAUGUGCCAUAUUUGAAAGAAAAAGUUGUUGUCACACCGUGUAAUGAUAUUGCCACUGAAAUAAACGACUUUCUAUUGGGUAUCGUGCCUGGUGAAAGUUGUACCUAUCUUAGUUUUGAUUCGGUGUCUUCUUCAACAGAAAAUUUAGAAAAUUUAGAUGUGCUUUAUCCAAUGAAAUUUCUGAACCAACUUGAUUUACCUGGUUUGCCACACCAUAAGUUGGUUUUGAAAGUUGGAACCCCAAUGAUGUUGAUCAAGAAUUUAAACCAACGUGCUGGGUUGUGUAAUGGAACACGGUUGGUUGUGAUGCAAUUAAACGAUAGAAUUAUACAAGCAAAAAUAAUUACGGGAAGCAACAUCGGUGAAAGAGUUUAUAUCUCUAGGAUAAUUACUGAAUCAUCUCAGAACAAAUUUCCCUUUACCCUACGAAGGCAACAGUUCUCUCUAAAAAUUUGUUAUGCGAUGACAAUCAACAAAAGCUAA